AGCGCAAAAGAAGCAACAGAACAAUCAAGAAAAUCAGUCCUUAAACUCACAAAAUACAUACUAAGAGGAGGAAGGAGCUAGAGUAGUGUCGUAAACUGAUAUGUGUAGAGUUUUGUAGCGAGACUGUUUUGAUGAUGGGAGCUACAAACAGAACUUUUAGUACCAAAAGUUCUUGUAGAAGGAGAGGAAGAAGAAGAAACAACAGUUGUGGUAGCAGUAGCAAUAGUAGUAGUUUCUUCCUUUCUUCUCUCUCUUCGUACCAAACAAAACCCACUGAAGAAACUAAUCAUCGUCAUCAUGAAACACCACCCUCUGCUCCCUGCACUCCAAAAAAGCUACUCUAGCCAUCAAAGCCUUUCGACCCUUAAAUUUACCCUAUCUCUUAGCAAAGCCAACCUCUCAUCAACCUUUAUCACCGCCACUGCUCCUUCAAUCCCACAACCAUGAACCAACACCAUUCUCUCUUCCUCAGACCGAAGUUUUUAGCACUACUGAUAAUCGUUGCUCUUCUUCAAAUUUCUCCGGUCAUUUCUGCCGUCAGCCCAGCUCUUCCUUUGCAACUCAUCUCCCUUCUUUCUCUCAAGUCUUCUCUUAAAGACCCUCUCAACACCUUCCAGGACUGGGACCCCGCACCAACCUUCUCCAAACCUGAAUUUCCAGUAUGGUGUACGUGGUCGGGUAUCAAAUGUGACAAGAAAACCAAUCAAGUUACGACCCUUGAUCUCUCCAGGCGCAACCUCUCAGGCAUCAUUCCGGCCGAUAUCACAUACAUUUCCCACCUGCAUCAUUUGAAUUUGAGCGGAAACGCAUUUGACGGCACUCUACCGCUGUCCAUAUUUGAGUUCCCUUUUCUUAGAACGCUUGACAUUAGUCACAACUACUUCAAUUCAACAUUCCCACCUGGCAUAUCCAGGCUCAGGUCCCUCACCCACCUGAAUGCCUACAGCAACAGCUUCAUCGGCCCUUUGUCAAAUGAAACCAUUCAUCUCAGGUAUCUUGAGUACCUCAACCUUGGGGGAAGCUACUUCGAAGGCCCGAUACCCGCGAGUUAUGGAAGUAUUCCUAGGCUGAAGUUUAUGCAUUUAGCUGGAAAUAAUCUGACCGGUCCAAUUCCAAAUGAAUUAGGUUUCUUGAAUCAGCUGGAGCAUAUGGAGGUGGGAUACAAUGGCUACAGCGGUGGGCUUCCUUCUCAUCUGGGCAACUUAGCGAAUUUAGUAUAUCUUGACAUCUCGACAGCUAAUCUUUCAGGUGAGAUUCCAGCUGAGCUAGGUAACCUGACAAAAAUAGAAACGGUGCUGCUUUUCAGGAACCAUUUUACGGGCGCCAUACCAGAAAGUUUGGCUCAGUUGACAUCACUGAAGAUACUUGAUUUGUCAGAUAAUAACCUCACAGGCACGAUCCCGGUCUCGUUUUCAGGAUUAAAAGAGAUUACCCAGUUGCAGUUGAUGGGUAACAACUUAACAGGUGAAAUCCCCCAAGGAUUUGGUGAGCUUCCUGGCCUUGAAAUCUUGGGUUUAUGGAACAACUCACUCACCGGAAUUCUACCUCAGAAGUUAGGCUCAAAUGCAAAGCUACAAAAGCUAGACGUCUCUUCAAAUUCGCUCUCGGGUCCCAUCCCGCCAAGUCUUUGCCUAAGCAACAGUCUCGUCAAGCUCAUCCUCUUCUCCAACCAAUUCGUGGGCGAGCUUCCUUCAAGUCUAGCAAAUUGCACAGCCUUGAAUCGUGUUCGGCUUCAAAACAACCAACUCAACGGCUCAAUACCGUCAGGUUUCGGUUUCCUGCCGAACUUUACAUUCAUGGACAUCAGCAGGAAUAACUUCACUGGGCCGAUUCCCAAAGAUUUAGGGAAUGCCGUCAAGUUAGAGUACUUGAAUAUAUCGGAAAAUUCGUUUGAUUCUGAGUUGCCGAAUAAUAUCUGGAGCGCACCAGCCUUACAGAUAUUGUCAGCUAGCUUUGCAGACGUCAUUGGUACAAUUCCGGAUUUCAAAGGCUGUCGAAGCUUGUACAAGAUUGAGCUAGAAGGAAACAAUCUGACUGGAAGCAUCCCGUGGGAUAUCGAUCACUGUGAAAAGCUCAUACAUUUGAAUUUGCGUAAAAAUUCGUUAACAGGGAUUAUUCCUUGGGAAAUAUCAACACUUCCCUCCAUUACGGACGUGGAUUUGUCUCACAAUUUUCUUACUGGAGCAAUUCCGUCGAAUUUCGGCAACUGCAGUACUCUGGAGAACUUCAACGUUUCUUACAACCAGCUCACUGGUCCUGUACCCUCCUCGGGCUCCGUCUUCACUAGCCUGCAUCCGUCGUCCUUCACUGGCAAUGAAGGGCUUUGUGGUGGGGUCAUCAAAAAGCCUUGCCGGACCGAUGGACUCGCGGAUGGAGCAGUGGAGGUCAGGCAGCAACCCAAGAAGACGGCCGGUGCAAUAGUUUGGAUCAUGGCCGCUGCUUUUGGGAUGGGAUUGUUCGUUCUAAUCGCGGCCAGUCGGUGUUUUCAUGCCAAUUACAGAAGGAGAUUCGCCGGAGACAGGGAAGUCGGGCCGUGGAAACUAACUGCAUUCCAGAGAUUGAACUUCACGGCUGAGGAUGUGUUGGAGUGCUUGACCAUGACGGACAAGAUCCUAGGAAUGGGGUCCACGGGGACGGUGUACAAGGCGGAAAUGCCAGGUGGCGAGAUCAUAGCGGUGAAGAAGCUAUGGGGGAAGCACAAGGAGACGAUCAGGAAGAGGAGAGGAGUUUUGGCCGAGGUUGAUGUGUUGGGGAACGUGCGGCACCGGAACAUCGUGAGAUUGCUGGGAUGUUGCAGCAACAACGAAUGUACCAUGUUGUUGUACGAGUACAUGCCCAAUGGGAGCUUGGAUGAUUUGUUGCAUGGCAAAAAUAAGGAUCAAAAUUUGGUGGCAGACUGGCUCACCAGGUACAAGAUUGCUUUGGGCGUGGCUCAAGGGAUUUCUUAUCUGCAUCAUGACUGUGAUCCGGUGAUCGUCCACCGCGACUUGAAGCCCAGUAACAUACUUUUGGAUAGCGAGAUGGAGGCUCGGGUGGCCGAUUUUGGAGUGGCUAAGUUGAUCCAGAGUGAUGAAUCAAUGUCCGUGAUCGCUGGAUCUUACGGUUACAUUGCUCCAGAAUAUGCUUACACGCUGCAAGUCGAUGAGAAGAGUGAUAUUUAUAGCUACGGCGUGGUGUUAUUGGAAAUCUUGACCGGGAAAAGAUCUGUGGAUGCAGAAUUUGGGGAUGGGAAUAGUAUAGUAGAUUGGGUGAGGUCUAAGGUUAAGAGUAAAAAUGGUUUUCUUGACAUUCUGGACAAAAAUGCUGGUGCGUCGUGUGCCUCUGUGAGGGAGGAAAUGAUGCUAGUGCUAAGAAUUGCAUUGAUCUGCACCAGUCGAAAUCCGGCUGACCGUCCAACCAUGAGGGAUGUAGUAUCAAUGCUGCAAGAGGCCAAGCCGAAGAGGAAACUGCCCGGAGGCGGCGUAACUGGAGGCGGCGGCGGCGAAGAAAAUGGCACUGCUUGCGAUGCUAUUCCUUUGGCACAAAAGCCGGCACCUAUAAUUGAAUGCUAAUAGGAAUGGGAUUUUUUUUUUUGGGGUUUUUUUUUUCACUUUUCUAAUUUUGAUUGUGGGGAUUGGUAUAGGAAAGUCAAUUUUUUUUCCCUCUUAUUUCCACUUCCAAGUGUUCUGAUUCUAUCACUUGCCGUGACUCGCACAUUAAGCUUGUUAAAUGGUUCUUAAUAUAUGCGUGCAAAUUUCAUAAACAUCGAACCCUUGAUGAGGGAUGGAUUGAGUU